UGAAUUCAGUGAUUUUUAUCAGCCUGUCAAGAGUAAAGCCGAGAGUAAACCACCAGCUGUGUGUGAGUGUCAGUGUGUGUGCGUGUUCAACACAAGGGUCCAGUAUUACAUACAAGAAAAAUACUACGGUUUUUCCCAGGCGACAAUGCAUCCGGUCGUAGUGACGAUCCCGUCGUUUCGUUCAGAAAACAACUCGAUCGAGAAAGGAUACACGGUCUUUAAAAUCGACGUGCUGGUGAAUGGCAGACAACACGCGGUCGAGAAACGCUACAGUGAAUUCCACGCUCUGCAUAAAAUGCUAAAGAAGAGCAUAAAGUUGCCUGAAAUCCCAUCGAAGCAUGUUAGAAACUGGGUUCCUAAAGUCCUGGAGCAGAGGAGACACGGCCUGGAGCUCUACCUGCAGACUAUAAUUAUGGAAAAUGAGGUCCUUCCAAAGAUAUUCCUGGAUUUCCUGAAUAUCCGCCAUUUUCCUUCAGUGCCAAAAACCGAAAGCUGUGGGUCUUUUGACACAGAGUCGGAGGAAUCUAGUAAACUUUCACAUCAGCCUGUCAUGCUGUUUCUGAGGGACCCCUACCUGCUGCCGUCUACCCACGAUACCGUCUCUAAUGUUGUGAUGGAAGGUGUCAUACAGGGAAUUUUCUACCCAGACCUUCAGCCGAGGUAGACGCGGAAGCCGCGAUUCGUGUCGUCGCCUCACACCCACUCUAGGUGUGCGUCAAGAAGAACAUAACCCGUUAACAUGCACUGAGCCUCAUUUACAUAUCCAAAGCAUACAUCAUGAAUCCAUUUUUAUUUUUGUACAAAACACAAGGGACUCUAGUUGAAUCAGCACAUUUUUAAAGCAUGAACACUAAAUCAUCCACUGUCGAUUCAGAAUAGAUUCAGUUAGCGGCGUCCGUCAUGUGUAAGAUUUAACAUGUUAGCUUAGAUGUUUUGAAGCAUAACGAUCAAAAUAAUAACGACUGAGCCUAUUGUAUUGCAUUAAAUUAUUGAAUAUUUUCUUUUUUUUUUUCUUAGAAAAAUAAUGAAUGAAACAAACCGAUAGGAGCAGCGGACCUUAUUAUUACCGAGCAGAUAUUAGACUGUGACAGGAGCCAGGAGCAGCUUUAGCCUGUAAGAACAAAGCAGAGGGCGUAGAGCCGCGCGGAUCAUGGCCUGUAAACAAGGAGGAGCCACUCCCUGUGUCGGCCUGUUUGUGCGGUUUUUAUGAAAUUGUUCCGCGUUGCCAAGUUGUGGGAGUGUAGCAGGAGGACGUGGGGGAAUUUUUCAUGGGACUUGAGGGAGUGUUGACAGCUGUGUGCUACUUGUUAGUCUGGCAGGGGAUUUAGAAAUGGAUAAAAAGCAAAAAAAAAAGCGACUCUGCUGAAGCGUUCCGUUGACGGCGGAGCUGGGGAGCUGUUUGGACCUUCAGGAGGACCAGCUCCACUUGGUGAGGCCACGAGCUUCUGGGCAAAAAAAAAAAAAAAGUUUGAAAUGAAACCACAAUGGACAUUCAUAUGUGGCGUGCCCUGCAAGUGGCUAGUUUACCAAGAAGUGGACAUCAUCUGAGUCACGGAAGACAGAUGCUGACUGAGCUAUUAGGACGUGGGUGGUGCUUUCGUUCUUACAUCAGUCACAGUUCCCCGUCCCACUACAAAUCCUCCCACGUGAUACUUUAGUAACUGACUAUUAGGACUAAACUACCAACACUACGCACAUUAUAUAAUGAAGGAAAAAACUAAGCAAUACAUCUUCCUCGUCCUCUAGUUGUAUUUUAACAAGAGUCUGCACACACGCUGACCUGGCGGCUGCAGGCUCAGGUGGACUUUCACAUAAAACCAUUUGUUUGUUUGUGCCUUAGGAUCGUGUUGAUUUGUGUUACUGUUAGAGACUAACACUACAUUUAAUGUCGUUGAACGAACACAUAAUGUAGAAGGCCAGUUUGUGGCGAUCGGAUGCACAGUCACCGGACAUGUAAAGGGAAGCUUUAGGGAUUUAAAAGAACCAGUAUAAUACCGUGCAAUAUGAAGUCAAAUACAAUAAGUCUGUGUGUAAAUGUUAAUGAAUUCAAUCUGUGAAGCUACUCUAGAUGAAUUGUAGCUUUCGUGAAACCUGUCGCAUGUCAGACCGUAAUUUUCAAUCCAGCAGUUGUCUGAGCUUUCCUGUGUGACCGGACCUCCACGCUUGUAUAGACCAGCGAACAUCAGCUGAAGAGUCGUGAAUUUAAUGAAGUAAACCAUUUCCUAGAAAUCUGUGUCGUAGAUUUGUAUGUAUUUCUAUUCUGUGCCGUGAUGCCAACCUACAGUGAACACUGGAAUUCCACUGUAGCACUUUAACGUGGGUGAUAUGAAAUACUGACACCAAUAAAACUCAAUAUUUCCACAAA